UCUGUCCCGCCUGCCCCCCCACACUCCCCACUCCUGGGAAGGGGCAGAGGAAAGACUGGGAAAAACCCUCCAGGACAGCCCCUAAUCCAUGGCUGUGGCUCUGGGGCACCCCCCAUGGCUCAUUGGUCUAUCUUCCUCAUCCCCUGCCUGUGCCCCAUUUCAUCUUGUCUCCCCCGCCUCUGUUCCCGAGGUCUCUAUUCUCUUUCUGACUCUUUUUCUGGCUCUCUCCUCCCCUUGACCCCUUCCCCCAUCGCGCACCGUGGGGAGAAGGGGGUGUGUCGCUGCUUUCUAUUUAUGGUCUCCCUGGGGAGGGGGUGCAUUGCUAGGACUUUUUUUUUUUUUGGCAUCUGCUUGGCCCAGAGUCACGAGGUGUUAUGUCUGUGUCUGGUAUCCGUGCCUCCUCCCACUCCCCUCUCCCAUCCUCUCCUGCCCCGCACCUCCCUGUCCGCCUUUGUCUCCUUCCUGCCUCCCCUCCUGUCCUUUUUGCUCUCUUCUUUGGGUGCUUUGUGUUGCUGCCGUCUCUUUGUCUCCGCCUCUCCGCUGUCUGCUCCCUCUACUCCCUGUUCCAGCUCCGAGAAGCUGUCGACCUCAAGGGCACCAAUAUUUCAGGGAAAUGAAAUUGGAAGCCAGGUGUGGUGCAGCCAGCUCAGAGGUCCCUAAGCCUGAAAACAAGGCCAAGUCAGAUGCCGAGCCACAUUCAGACGCCAAGGCCAAGCCCUUGGGGGCCAACCCCAGGUCCAGAUCCAGGCCUGACGCCAAGGCCAAGCCUUUGGUCUUCGUGGGCACAGAACGGGAGUUUGAGAAGGUGCUGGCCAUCUCGGGGGGCAUCUCCAGUGGCCUCGACUACUACGUUCCCAGCCACUACCACAGCCGGCUCCGGGAUUCCGACGGCACCGUGGUGCUGGCCAAGCGUAAAGGAGUGAUCGUUCUGGAGUCGGUGCCCUUGAUCGACGCCAGGGAGACCGUGCUGGUGGAGGGGCUGCGCGUGGCGCCCAGGGAGCGCGGCAAGGGCGUAGCGCGACAGCACCUGGGGGUCAGGGUGGCACGGCUCACGCGGGACAACCAGCUGGGCCCCCGUGAGCUGAUGAAAUACCGCCCCAUCACGCAGCAGGUGAGAAGGACCCCGGAAUCUGUUUCCCACCCUUCCCCUCCCCUCGGAGACCCAGGGCCCCACACCGACCUCGCCCCUCCUUGGGAUCCAGGCACAUAUUCAGAGGCACGCCUCCUGCUGUCGCCCUCCGCACAGCGCGACGAGCUUCCAGGAGGGACCAUCAUCCACGACUGGCAUCCCUACAGGCCGAGGGAAAGCAGCCCGCGCCGGCUGGCGGAAGGCCUGGAGUGGCGCGUGGACACCCGCGUGCUCACGCUGUGCACGCGCCCCUUUCCCAUCUCGCAUGGCGGUGACGGCACGUGGCACUACCUCAACAUCAGCGCCUUCGGCAGCGAUGACGCGCAGGUGCAGAGCCAGCUUUUGCGGCAUCUGCAGCGCCAGGCCCCGCGCCUCGCCGGCCUCAUCGUCAUGUGCCGGCUUUUCCUAGCGCCCCAGUUAUGGUCACAGCUGGCAGACUUCUGCCAGGCCGGCCGGGGGCUCGAGCCGGUCAAGGGUGAUACGGAGCAGCACCUGCUGGAGGCCGCCAUCUAAGGCGUGUCCUAUC